ACUGUGGAUGGUUCGCAAUCAACUUGACUCAGUACUCCAGUGAUUUUCUCAUCCAGCUUCAUCAAGCAGAACCUAUGGAAUAGAUAGUUGAGACCAGAAGAGUGAUUUGUGCGUGUUUUAAAUGUUUUUCUACCGAGACUUCAGAAUGCAACUAUACUACAUAGUGACGGGACUGAUAGCGUCUAUAGUAGCAACGGGAUCAGACACCAUUCACUAUACCAAUUCCCCUAAUCAUCUGGCACCGGGAGCGAACUACACGGCUUAUAGGCUCGAAGUACCUGGUACGAAUGGAAUCACUGUCAUCGAAACACUUGAUCCCACUGAUGAUAAUCCUGAGUCGGCGCAAAGUGAACCAGAAACGCAAGGACCUAAGAAAAUGGUCUACGCUCCAGAUCUUCUAAACAAGUUCAUUGAGGAAUACAACGACAAACUAAAGAAUUCGAAAGACGGAGCAGUCGGGGAGGAGAAGUUUCAAAAUGAAGAAGAAGCUUUGGACACCUUAGAAAACAGGAGAGUUAAUCGGUUGAACAUUCACCCUAACAGGAAACACCAACUUGUGAAUGAUAACCCAUUUGCAGAUAAAGCAGGCUGGGUGACCUUAGAGGCGGUUCCUUGGUCGAAGAGCAAAGUUUCCAGAUGGAAGCCAAAUGUUGAUACCAAAACCUCAGCAACAAUGGCUUCGGUAAGUCAAUAUAACGUGAAUCCAAUUGGUCCCUUGGAGAACAGCCAUAUUUACUACGGCGGUGGUAAUGAUGAACCUCAGAUCAGUAAAUAUCCACCUAAGCGUCCUAAUUUCUAUUCCGAUCCUCACAAAAAUGAUGGAUUCUAUGAUCGGAAUGAUGUGCAAGCGCCAGCACGUCCAGAUAGGCACAGACCCAGACCAUUAAGAAAGAAGAAUCCAGGAUACUACAAUACACCCGAACCUGAGCUAGAAGUUUCAUCAAAUCAUGAUCGCUGGUACGAUUAUGGUUUUCGACCUAACUUUGAUGGGGAUGAGAGGCCGACACCAAACAGAUAUCAUACAAGCGAAACUGGAAAUCCACCACGCAAAGGGUUUCUCUCCGGGAUAAAGUUGAACAAACAUCGCGACGAAAUCCCCAACCGGGAUGACUAUGCUCCGAACACAUUCGAUCGUUAUCCUGACAGUGAUCGCGAUCAGGAUCACAGCUAUGUCUAUCAAGAGCGUCCUGAAUUAACUCACCCAGCAACAUAUCCAUCAAAUGGCAACGCUAAAGAAACUUCUUCAAACGGAGUACCAAUGACCACAUCACAUGGGGGACUCCUGGAAGUUGAUUCGUCUCGACAAACGAUUGAGAAUAGCGUCUUGAAGUCUAAUAAGAAAAGGAAUAAGCGAAAGAAUAGUGGGGAAAAUACGAUUCAACGGAUAGAGAUUGAGAACGGUUCGAAACCAGAUAGUACAGCAGUUUUGGCAGCUGUAGGUGCGGGAAUGGUACCAGCGACGGUAGCUAUGAUCAUGCCAAUGUUAGGCCGAAGAAGGCGAGAAAUUGUAGUGGAUGCGGAGGGAAAAUUGCCGAGGUUUUAAACGGGUGAUUGCUGAGGACUGUGGCGAUGAAACCACCGGUUAAGCUGGUUGCAAUGCACUGAAGUUUUGUUUUUGUUAUUUAUGAUGUUUUGUUUGGAAUAUUUAUUAGAGAAAAGUAUUAUUAGUUUUAGAUGAGAUGUAUUUAUAUUGUUG